UCCGAAAAAUGGAAAUUCGAUGGGAAUCGUGGUAAUAAAACAUUACUUUUGGUGCUUUUUAUGUCACUGUUUGAAUUAGAUUGUUACAGUUUUGUUUAGAUUUUUAUUAGUAUAGUGCUAUACGGUGCAGACGUAAAUCUGUCGAUUGCCCAGUACACUGUCUCAGAUUUAGAGUGGGAUCAAAGUUCAAGACCGCGCAACGGGUUUAUAAAUGAAUUUGUUGGCUGUGUCACUAGUAUAGUAUUCGCCUGCGCUACAAAACAAGAGGAACUGUUCAAUAAUUGGAAUUAAUCGAUAUAACUGUAGAAAAACAGUACAGAUGACUGAAAAUGUAUUUGAAAAAACAAGUAAUGCUAACAGAUAUGGUCCACUCAUUGGAGCUAUUGACGAAGGCACGAGUAGCGUUAGAUUCUUGGUUUUUGCAUCUAAUACAGCGGAAGUUUUAACUUAUCAUCAGAAAGAAUUGAAAAUCUCUUAUCCACAAGAAGGAUGGGUUGAACAAGACCCAAUAGAAAUUUUAGAUGCAGUCUAUGAAUGUUUAAAUCAAACAGUAGAGAACUUGAAACAACUAGCUAUUAACCCAGCUGAUAUUGUAGCGAUAGGAAUAACGAAUCAAAGAGAAACAACCAUUGUUUGGGACUCUCAAACAGGAAAGCCUUUAUAUAAUGCUAUUGUAUGGAUGGAUAUGAGAACCACUGGUAUCAUAGAUAAAAUUCUCAAAAAAAUUCGCAAUCAAAAUAAAGAUUAUUUAAAAUCUUUAUGUGGGUUACCUAUAAGUCCUUAUUUCAGUGCUUUGAAACUAAAAUGGCUUAUAGAAAAUGUAAGUGAAGUAAAAGAUGCAAUCACAGAAAAUCGAUGCAUGUUUGGAACAGUUGACUCCUGGCUAAUAUGGACUUUAACUGGUGGAGCCAAUGGUGGAGUACACUGUACAGAUGUAACAAAUGCUUCUCGAACCAUGUUAAUGAAUAUAGUUAAUUUGGAAUGGGAUCCAUAUUUAAUGUCUUUCUUCGAUAUUCCUCAAGAUAUAUUGCCACAAAUACGCAGUUCAUCUGAAAUAUAUGGUAAUAUCGUUGAUGGUGUAUUACAAGGAAUUCCUAUAUCUGGAUGUUUGGGUGACCAACAAGCUGCUUUAGUUGGUCAAAUGUGUUUUCAGCAAGGUCAAGCUAAAAGUACUUAUGGAACUGGCUGUUUUCUUUUAUAUAAUACUGGAACUAAAGUGGUCGAGUCUUCUCAUGGAUUGCUUACAACAGUUGGAUAUCAGUUUGGACCAAAAUCAGAUCCGGUUUAUGCACUAGAAGGUUCUAUUGCAAUGGCUGGUGCUAUUGUCAAGUGGUUAAAAGACAAUUUACAAGUUAUAAAUGAUGUGCAAGAAACUGAAGCCAUUGCAGAAAAGUUAAGCAAUGAUAAUAGAAUAAUUUUUGUCCCUGCUUUUUCUGGGCUGUAUGCUCCUUAUUGGCGAAAAGAUGCCCGAAGCGUUAUUUGCGGCAUCACAGAAGACGUAAAUUAUGGUCACAUAGUAAAAGCGGCGCUUCAAUCUGUCUGUUUUCAAACAAGAGAUAUCCUUGAAGCUAUGAAAGAAGAUACAGGGAUGACUUUAACGAAAUUAUUGGUAGAUGGGGCAAUGACGAACAAUAAUUUGCUUAUGCAAAUGCAAGCUGAUAUUUGUGGCGUCCCAGUUGUUAGACCGGUUAUGUGUGAAAUCACUGCACUUGGAGUUGCAAUAGCAGCUGGUUGUGCGGAUGGUAUUAAAAAGUGGGAUAUAAAUAUCGGCACUAACGUUCCAAGUGAUACUUUUACUCCAGCAAUCACAGAAAAUGAGCGUGAUGUGCUUUACUCGGAAUGGAAAAAAGGUAUCGAAAGAAGUCUCGACUGGGAUACUGACAACGCCUCUGAGGAAGAGGAGGACAUCAAUAAGAUGACAGCACCUGGUUUAUUUAUGUUUGGCACUAUUUUACUACUUUUAAUUGCGAGGUAUAGAACGUAAAGUUCUUAGAAAACUUUAACGAUAGGGGAAAAAAGAUAUUCCAAGCGAUUGUAGAAUCAAAUGAAAUUCGCUCCACAUCACUGCAUUUAGCCAUUCAUGAAAAAUAUUCAAUCUACGGGUAUGGAAGAAGAGUCGCAUAUUGUCCAUAAACCAAUUUCUUUUAUGUUAAAACUUGCUAUGUUACGUAGAUGACCAAUUAUAUAUAUUAUUUUUACAAAUACUUAUUUUUUUGAAGCAACGAUACGAAACGAAGUUUCCUGUGCAGUACUUAAAACAUUUUCGUACGUUUAUUAAAAUUAGCGUUUGUUUUAAAUAUAAAUCGUUUUAAUUCAUGUGUUCACAAGUCGGUUAUCAUGAUUAUCAUACUUCAUUCACUUAAAUUGUUAAUCGCUCACGGAGUUACGAACGUUAUGGUGAUUUAGAACUCGAAUGAUGAAAGUGUGUAUUUUUAUAUACAAUGCUGAUGAAUUUGAAAAUUUCAAAAAUUUGCAAGUGAAAAGUAAUGUGUAUAUUAUAUUCAGCUCAAGGGAAAAGAACAAAUUUUUACAAAAUAUAAUAUAGACGUUAUGUACUCUAAGUGCCACAUUAAGUGUGUUAUAUUGUUGUUAAAU